AUGCAUCAGCUAUAUGUGAUCUCAUACCUCAUGCAACUGAGCUGUGCUCACCUCAUUUACCUUAUUCUCCCACAGGACAACCCUCCAUACGACAAAGGGGCGUUCAGGAUCGAGAUUAUCUUCCCUGCAGAAUACCCGUUCAAGCCACCCAAGAUCACGUUCAAAACGAAGAUCUACCACCCCAACAUUGACGAGAAGGGACAGGUCUGCCUGCCUGUCAUUAGUGCAGAGAACUGGAAACCAGCCACCAAAACUGACCAAGUAAUUCAGUCGCUCAUUGCCCUGGUGAACGACCCACAGCCAGAACACCCUCUGAGGGCCGACCUAGCAGAAGAAUACUCAAAAGACCGUAAAAAAUUCUUUAAGAAUGCAGAAGAGUUUACAAAGAAACACGGCGAAAAGCGGCCAGUGGACUAACAAUACCAGACAAGUGUGUAGCCCCAGACCUCUCCUACUCCUCUGAUCCUCUUCCCCUCGCUCUACUACCUUCCUCCCGACUCCCAAACGAUAUCCUCUAUCCCUCCCUCCCUCCCUCCCGCUUUCCCUCCUUCUCUCCUUUCCAUGUGUCACUCUAGUUGAGCUGGAGAAGUACAGCGCAGCUGCAGCCUCCGUCUUGAAGCAGGACGCCGCAAGGACAUCCAGUCUGAGUUUCUGGUGUUAGCUUGAGGCCCUUACUAACUUGUUUAUUUUUCUUUCUCAAGUUUGAAAGCGUCACAAUUUGGUUAGAGGCUAACUUAAGACAAAGAAGUUGGAAAUUGUACAGGGCGUUUCAGUGAUGAAUGCUGUUUGACCCUUUUGUAAUGAGAAAAUGAAUCAUUGCAUUAUUACACAAAACUUUCAAAAAUUACUUUUGGAAGUGACAGUUCAUUUAAAACAAAGAUGGAUUGUAAUUUAUCAUGUAUAUUAUUAUUAUUAUUAUUAUGUUGUUACCUCUUCUUACAUUUGUGCUCUUUGAUUUCUGCAAAACAAAAAGGAGACAUUAAGGAGGAGCUGGAGGAUUUCAGUGACGGCGACAGAUUAUUUCAUAUAACCUUUUUACUUUAACUGCAAUUGUUGGGUUGCACGGUAUGUCUAAAAAACAGGCUACUUUCAGCCCUUUACCAAGCCUCGAAUUGGCAAAACCACUGUAAAGUCAGUAACAAAGGCGGCUUAGGAGCCGAUAUUGCUAUGAAAUACGUUUGUUUGACAAAUGAAAAUAGGAUAAUUUUAAACAUCUCUUUUAACAUGUUUCGUAGGAAAUUCUUGUAUAUUGUUGAUUAUUUGGGUUUAAUCAUGGAAAUGGCCCCUAGUUUUACAGAGAUGUACGCUACUGAGAAUUAUCAUCCCCAUUUUCUCCCAACACAGAAUAAACGCAGUAGUUGACCGUGAGUUUUCUAGAACAUUCUCUACAGUUUCUUUAAAGUAUAUCAUUCAGUCUUUCAAAUUGCAUCUUAAGUGGUAUUUUACGCCACUCUUUAUAAUGCAAAGAGGUUCUGCGGGCUUUCUCUAGUUCAAAAUAUUUCAGUAAUAUUUGCUUAUGCAUUUGGGUUAAGUGUCAGAACGCCUCAAAUAAGCCCCAGUGUUUUCUUUACUUGUUAAAAACUUAUUUUCAUGCAGUAUCAGAUUUAAAAAAUGCUCUACAUUUGUGUACCAAAAUAAAAAAGGAAGACCAAGCAAUGUUAUACUCAAACAUUGGCUAAAUUCAUUUCUGAUUACAGUUUUCAUAUUAAAAUCAACCAAUAAAGUAGGUUUUUUGGGAUUCCCCAGUUUAAAAGAGCAUUAUGGGUUUGUGUGAUAAAUCAAAUCUGAACUUGACCAUUUAGUGAUUUUUUUUAACCUUAUUAGCAUUAGUAAUAUAUUUAUGAGAACUACUACUUAAACCCCAAACUGUUGCUUCAAUUACAGCUUAUUCUGAAAUGCCGUUAAUAGCCUGAAUUUAUCAUACAGGUUAUAAACAGGUUAACCCUAAUAUGUGUCAAAACAUUGAACUCACCAAAUAAAGGCUAUUUUGACCUA